UCCUGCAUCCUCUGUUACCACUGAUCACACGCAACAUCUGUUAUUAGAUAACGCGGAAACGCUAAACACACGCUUAAACUCUUUAACUACCAAAAAGUACUAUAACAUAACUUUCCCUCUGUAUGCGGGGCCGCUGCCGUUAAGUGAAGGUUUUUAUCGUUAAAAACUUUAUUUUUGAAGUUGGACGGGGAAAAAUGGAAAAAUUGAGUGUAACGGCUGUUAAAGGCGAGACUGAAGCUCUCUUGUUCGGGACGGCGAGGGGAGGGGUGCGGGACUGACAGACCGCCAGGGAAAAGUGUGCACUGUCGGAAAACGCCUGCGAACGGGCAGCUUGCGGUCAGAGAGGCGGGGAGCGCACGGACGACUUUUAACAUAUAACUACCCCUCUUAUUAUGAAGGAGAAAAAAGUUUCAAAAUAACCGUAACCUAACGGUAAGAGGCUAUGAUGACGCGAGGAGGGAAAGAGUGAGCGAGGGAGCAGAAAGAGCGGAAGAGUCUUCCCGGAGAGGGAGGGAGGCAGACGGCCAGCGGCUGCAGAGCGGAGCAGGCGGCGAUGUAGGACGGCAGCGCCGCUGCACUCAUGGGCUCUGAGGCAGUGGAGGACUGUGUGCAAGGGGCGCUCUCAUCCCUGUACCCCCCGUUUGAGAGUACGGCCCCCCCGCUGCUGUCCCAGGUUUUCUCUGUCCUGGAGUCGACCUAUCAGCAUGACAGCCUGAGGUAUCUGCUGGAUUACUUCAUCCCAGCCAAGCACUUACUGCAGAGACUUCAACAGCAUGCCUGUUCGCAGUACCUGGGCUGCCUCUUCCUGCACUCCGGCUGGCCGCUCUGCCUGGGGGACAAGGUGGUGGUGCAGCUGUCCACGCUGGACUGGAGGCUCCUUCGCAGUACCGACUUCUACCUGCAGGUGGUGCCCUUCUCCACGCGCUGCCCCCGCCUGGCCCUCAAGUGCCUGGCGCCGGGGGGGCGGAACGUGCAGGAGGUCCUGGUGCCGGAGUCACAGCACCCCCUGGUGUUCACCCCGGAGUGGCUGCACAGCAUUAACAAGGAGAGGGGCUUCAAGAGGGAGGGAGGGGGGGGUCUGGACACCUGUCUGGUGAGCACGUGUGAGGGUGUGGUGCGGUUGCCAUGGGAGGAGGUGGUCUAUCCCAAAUUUGUUUCCGGCCUGGCAGACAGCCCCCGCGCCCCCCCCGGCCUGUCCCCCUCGCUGGGGCGCCGCUCCUCCUGUGAGCUGGAGGCAUGGUCCUGGGAUGAGGACGAGCCCCUGCCCCCCGACGGGGCAGAGCCGGGGGUGGAGCCGGGAGCUGAGCCGGGGGGCGAGUACGUGGAGCUGCUGGAGCCGCGGGACGGGCCCGAGGGCGGGGUGGACGGGGGGGCGGAGUCUCGGCACCGCUACCUGGAAAUGCACGGGGUGGGCAAGCCCCGCACGCUGCCGCUGUGCCGGCGGGGCAGGGCCCUGAGGCUCCGCAGGGGCAAGGCCUGGGCCCACAGCAAGCACGACACGCUGGGGGCACGCAGACCCCCCGGCCCCAGCGCGCCCCCUGGCCCCCGCGCCACGCCCGGCCCCCGCCCCCCACCGGACCCCGCCUUCCUCGCCAGGCCCGUGCCGAGGGGUCCCGCCCAGGAGAGGAGGCCGGGAGUGGGGAGGGAGAGGGAGGGGAAGGAGACCAGCAGCCAGGAUGGGCCGGGAGUGGAGGAGCCCAAGCCGGGACACUCGGGCAAGGGCCAAUCAGAUGACAAGCUGCCACAUUCAGACCCACCUGUGGAGAAUACUGAGAGGCUAUUGGUUGGAGGCUCAGAAGGGGGAGAGGAUGCUGACAGGCCAUUGGCUGAUGUUGCGAGAGGGGGAGAGAACACUGACCAGCAAUGUGAUGGAGACUGCAUUUCUCAGACGCAGUCGCACACAGCCCUGUCCGACCAAAACAGAGCAGGACACAAGACCACAGUGAGCUCUGAGAAGCAGGACUCCCAGACCGGCCUUCACAAGGACCCGAACCCAGCGCUCACCACUGGACAGAGGCACGCUGGGACGCUGGAGGACAGAGUGUGUCUCAGAGGAAGGGAAGUGAAGACAGCGGGAUUCAGAGCACCCAGGAGGAAGAGGAAGGGGAAAGGGGGGCGGGGGAAGGCCAAAUCUGGGGGUCGAGUCAACCAGUGUGGGCGGGAGCCUCCCAAACCCCAAGGAAAAGCCCCACAGGAUGACAUCAACCUGCCACUCACACCGGCUGACCAAUCAGAGCAGGCCCAGCCACAAGGAGGGAGGGAUGAUGGGCCCAGACAAGCCAAUGAGGGAGCUGAACAGGCAGAGCCUGAAUAUCCCAGCGUCCAAUCAGAAAACAGCCCUGAUGCCAGCAGCCAAUCAGCUGUGUCUUUGUCUGACCACUCUCCAGAGGAGGCCACACCGGCAGUAUCUCCGGACCAAUCAGAGGGAUCUUCUUCUAAGAGUCCUCCCCUUCUUAGGGAGCUGGACCCUGAGCUCCUCCAAUCAGGAUGGCUAAUUCUGACAGGCACUGUGGACAGAAUGGGGAGGGCUCUGGUUAUCACAGAAGCACAGAGCCCACCAAACGGCUACCACGAGGAGGAGCUGACCCGUUUGCUGACCUGCUACCACGCUAUCACCCGCCCCUCGGUCAGGGAGAAGGGGCUCACAGUGAUCAUGGACAGCAGACUCUCCCCCCCCCCUGCCCUGUGCGUCUCUGCGCUGAAGCUCUUCCAGGGCCAGGUUCCUGCAGGGCUGGGUUCUGUGCUGGUGCUAACAGCAGAGCAGGACUGCAUUCCGCUGAUCCUGGAUGGGGUGGAGGUGCACACAGUGCGAGGCACAGGGGUCCUUCAGCAGUUUGUAGACAGACAGCAGCUGCCCACAGGUCUGGAUGGAGACUUCCAGCAUUCUCAUUCUGAGUGGCUUUCCUACAGGCUGAGUCUUGAGCGUUUGACUGAGCGCUGUCAGAGCGCCCUCUCUCUGCUGGAGGAGGCACUGCGCUCCGUGGAAACACAGCCCCUUCCCCAGUGUACAAAGGCUGUGUCACUCUGCAUGGACAAACACAAGCAGCUCAUGGCCGGCGUCCUGGCUGACCAAAGACUGACGGAGCUGCAGAGGGUGGGCGGGGCUUGGCUGGCAGGGCUGACCAAUAAGACGGGACUGGCACAGAAGUCACCUGACUGCAGGGCAGCCCUGGCCGUGACCUCUGACCUGUAUAACAGCGUGGAUGAUGCCCUGCACAGGCUGGUGCGCGUGUCUAACCAGCGGAGCGGCGAGCUGGAGGCCCUGGGCAGGCUGGCCGCUCUGGAGGAGAAGCUGGACAGGUGUGAGAGGGAGGUGGAUCAGGUGCAGGACCAGCUGGAGGAGUACAGGGACCCCCCUCUGUCUCUCAGCAGAUUAUCCCUCAAACAGCACAAGUUCAAAGCCUUCAGAGAGACCGCCAUGGAGCUCCACAGAGAGACUCACACUGUGAUUGGUGAAAUUGAGAACUGGGCGGAGCUGGAGUGGGCGGGAUUGGCACCAGUGCUGGCUCGCCUGCCGUCUGUCAGAGAGAAGCUGAGGGACAUGUCCCACUGUCUGUCCGACUGCUGGGCUCAACUGGACACCACCCUGAGACUGCUGUCCACACUGACCGAGGCGUCUCAGUGGUGCGACGUGGUCUCCGCCACGCCCCUGCCCCCCUCGAGCUCGCCCCUCACCUCGCUGCCCCCCAUCCCUCCCUCCCGUUUCCAUGACGCCCGCGCGCUGGCGCUGGAGCUGGGGGGCGGGCCCCUGCUGGACCUGUGGUCCCACACGCUGGAGCGCUACCAGACCACGCUGGGCCAGUUCAAGGCCCGGCUGCUGCAGGCGGAGCGAGGCCCCGCGGCGCCCCGGCCCAAAGCCACCGCCUCCUCCAGCAUGUGGGACCUGCUGAACCUGCAGGGAGAGGCCGAGUGGGAGGGGGAAGGGGAGGGGGCGUUGCAGACCUGGGGGUCCCUCGCCUCCCUCUUCCGCCCACAGAACUGCUCCACUCUGAAGAUAGGAGACGACAAGAAGAGAGAGGGAGGGGGAGGAGGGGCAGGAGCAGCAGGAGGAGGAGCAGGAGCAGCAGGAGGAGGGAAGUUCCUGCAAGCUCUGCUGCACCCUGCCAAGAAAACUGGCCCAGAUGCCCCACUGCCCCCCAAACCCCCCCGCAGGCGACACCCCAGCUUUGACCUGCAGGUGCUGCUGGCCCCACGCCGCGCCCCUGCCGUGCCCCGCCCGGGGGAGGGUCCCGGGGCAGGCAGCCGGGCCUCGCCCCUGUCCUGGCUGGGCCGCAGGGCACUCGCUGACCCCGUUCUCAGCGCUGGCGUGGCGGCCGCCCUCCCCAUGGGGGGGCCGGGGGGAGGGGGGGUACUCAUCCGCGGGGUGGAGGUCAGCAGCAAGGAGGUGGUGGAUCACACCGGGUCGCCACGGCAACACGUCCUCCUGAGCAGAGCGGAGAGAGAGACCGCAGGGGAGAGGCAGGGGCCGACCGCACAGAGUAAAAUAAACCUGCUGUGCUGCAAGCUGCUGAGCUCAGAGAGGCAGUAUGUGGCAGUUCUGAAAGGGGUGGAGGAGAACUACCUCCCCCUGCUGGACAGUCCUGAUACCCCUGCUCCUCUGCAGGGCAAAAGCGACGCCCUUUUCGCCAACUGGAGCAGUCUGAGCUCCUUCCAUUCGCAGUACCUCCUCCCGUCCAUGGAGGGAGCUCUCACACAGACCCUGCUGCUGCAGGACUGCUUCAGCAAAUACAAAGCACAGUUUCUUCAGUACUCCCACUACAUCAGAACCACACCUGACUCUGACUCUCUGCUGCUCAGUCAAGCAGCUGAUUUCUUCAAGGCGAAGCUGCCCACGCUGGCCCCCCCCUCGGCGCUGUCCUUCCCACUGUGCCUGCAGGCCCCGCUGCUGAGGCUGGAACAGUACUGCCAGGCCCUGGAGGAGCUGGGCGGCCUAAGCCCCGCCUCCGACUCCGCCCUCUCCGCCCUCCGCCACAUACAGCAGCAUGGCGAGGACCUCCGCGCCAGUGACCUCAUCACAGGCUGCCCGGUGCCUGUGUCACAGAGGGGCGAGCUGAUGCGCCAGGGGGAGCUGCUGGUGUGUGGGGGUUCCAGGAGGAGGAAGACUGGGAUGAGGAGGGUGUUUCUGUACCAGCAAUUCCUCAUCAUCACCAAAACCAAGACCCCCAGUCCAGGACGCACCGUCUACAGCUUCAAACACAGCAUUAAGGCAGGAGAGAUGGGGCUGACGCAGAGUGUGGGGGAGGAGGGUUUGAGGUUCGAGGUGUGGGUGCGGCAGGCCCCUCGUACCCGGGACUGCCUGACCUUUCAGGCGGCAUCGGCGGAGGAGAGGGAGGCAUGGACACACGACGUCGCCCAGCUGCUGUGGACUCACGCCAUCCACAACACCGAGCUGUGUUUGAAAGAGUCUCUGUGUAUGGGUGUGUCCAGUAAGCUCCUGCUCGAUGUGACAGGAACUCACAGCGUAUCAGACCAAGAGUCCAAUUUCUGUCUCAACGAUCGAGUGCAGAGCAGCUCCGAUUCCUCGUCUGUGGGCAGCCAGAAGGAGGGGGGCUCCCCAGCAUCAGGAAGGGAGAAAAGCUCCGGACACACACAGAACUCCUCUCCCUCCACCACUGUGUAAUCUUCAUCUCCACGACAACGUCUUCCUCCUCCUCCUGUGUUUUUCUGCUUCCUGCAUCUUCUGACGGGACCAUCUGGGUCAGACUGGACCGGACA